CCCUCGAGUUCGAACACAUGGGCUUAAGUUCACUGCGCUCAGUUGGAGAAAGAAACAAUAGCAGUCCUCUGUCUCUUUUGCAGAAGUAUAGAAAAAUGUCUUACCUAAGAACUGUUAAAUCGAAAACGACUAAACACUGCUGAGAGUAAUUGUGCACACUCGAAGUAAACAAAUACAGAGAAUUAUCAUUCAUUUGGAAACCAUAGCAUACUGUGAAGUUUAUGUCGAUGGAAAAGACAGAAAAUACACCAGUGACAGAACAUGGCAAUGGGAAGCAAAAUGUCUUGUCGAAGGAAAGUUCGGAAAGUGACAGCACAUUGUCUGAGGAAGAUACAUCCAGAAAUGACAAACAAUUGAAAGAUCUAGAUUCUUGGAAUCCAAUGCUUGAUGACUAUGAAUCUAAAGCAUUCAACAGCUAUAAAGAACCAAGCAUAACAGAUUUUGCAGAUGCUUUUCCAGGGAAUUUAAGUGAGUCAGUGCAUCAACACAUGAUGUCUUCCCUAGAAAUUAAUGAAAAAGAUGCUUGCCUUUUUGUAGGCAAAAUUCCACAGCAAAUGACUCAGGAAGGCUUGCAGAACCUCUUCCAACAGGCUGGCCAACUGAGGUCUUGUAAAUUGAUUCCUCAGCGCAAUAAAAGCACUAAGAUUGGAUUUGUGGGCUUUAAUACUGUACGUGACGCAGAGGCAGCAAUACAAAUGUUUGAUGGACUUGAUUUGGGGCAUGGUAACCGUCUGAAGGUUGCACUUGCACUGUCAAAGCAGAAAUCGGCCUUCACAGACUCCGUGGAGAAAAAGGGCGAUGGUGUAAAUGAUAAAGAAGAAGUACAUACUGAUCAUGAAGUAGUUUCCAGUGAACAUAAAGCUGCUCUAGAUGACGUAUCAAGUGUCUUUCCUAAUUCCAAGCUUAUAUCCGAAGGAAGUCCAUGUAGCUUUUGUGGCCAGUUAGGACAUAAGUGGUGCUCAGCGUGCAAAGUUCCGUACUGUAGUCGAGACUGUCAGAGAAAUGACUGGCCGAAGCACAAACACGCUUGCUGGCAACAAACUCGGUCUGAGAGAAAAACAGCCACCCUUGCAGACACUUCGAAAACAUGUCUGGAAACUGCUUCUGCCUUGACCAGAGCAGCAGAUUCUGUGCAGCAAGCUACUCCAACUCACCCAUUUACUCCUUGUGAGAACUCAACGUAUCCAAGUAAGGAACCUACUAUCUCUGAGACGCCCACGAAUUCCGAAAAAAAUGGCGAAAAGAUCUCUAAGAAAGUAGAUCAGGAGAGUGUGAGGGUAGCAGAGAGUGAUGAAUUUGAUGUACAGAAUGCUGAGAUGUUUGCCCAGAUGAUGGGUUUUGACCCAAAUCCGGUGACGACUGUGGAUAGUAGUGAAGACAGCGACAGCGCUGAUACCUCAACAUCUCCAUCCUUUAUAAGCAACUUGAUGCACGAAGACUCCGGUCUUCAGGUGCUACAUGCCGAAACGGGUCUGCUGAAGUCAAGCCAAGAAAGCCAAGUGAACCAAUCAAAGUCAGAAACCAGUUUAUCCCCAGAAUCAGUCAGUACUUCAAAAGUGGCCGUUACAGAUUCAGAAACAUCUUGCUCAGAGCUUCCGUCCUCUAGCAAGGGUCCCGUGCGAAUCCCUUUUGAGCAGCUCCAGAUGGAUAAAAUUUCAACAGAAGAUUUUGAAGUUGUUGUUACAGAAGUUGAAAACCCAAGCUGCGUGUGGGUUCAUUCGUGUGCCUCCGACGCCUUUGAAAGACGAAACCAACUCAAGAGUAUUCUUCAAGCGACAUACCGUGAUUCUGUGUUUGAAAAUUAUGCGCCAAGUGUUGGUGAAGUAUGCGUUGCCCAAUUUAGCUUUGACAAUUGCUGGUAUAGAGUGAAAGUUGAUUUGGUUAUCAGUGCAGGAACCAUGAGAUGUACAUACAUAGACUUCGGUAAUCAGGAGGACAUCGCAGUACACAAAAUACGUCGCAUAACAGAGGACCUACUCAGUCUUCCCAGACAAGCUCUCAAGAUGUCCCUGUAUGGAAUCACGAGUACCUCUCCAUCAGGUGUUUGGUCUUUGGAAUCAACCAUUUUUCUAAAGAGUGAAAUCUUAGCGAAAAGGUGUAAAGUUCGAGUACGUGAACAAGCUGAUGAAACAUUGUUUGUGGAAUUGUCAGCUGCUCAUGGAACACGCAUGUGUGAAACAGUCAAUAAAACCCUAAUAAAAGCUGGCUUUGCUGAAAUAAAGAGUCAAGGAGAUCAAGCCGACGGAUCACAUGGACAACACGAUGUGUGCGCGGAACAAAUAGGCAGCUCUGACAAGUCACCUUAUUUUGGCGACAUUUCUGCGAAGAGGCCGUUGAAUACUCAUCCGUAUGAGGAAGGGAGGAAUCCUCCUAGACUUCACAGUCAAUCAAAGGGAGGUAAAGUGCCAUUUGAAAUCGUCGUCAACGCCAUUGUGAAUCCAUGGGAAUUCUACGCAAUGAAGACUGAAAAACAAUUGAUAGACAAGCUGAGAUCAUUAAUGGAAAAUUUAAAUCAUCACCUAUCCAAGAAUCCUUGUACUGUCGAAUGUUUAGCACGUCUUUCUCCCGGUGAUAUGUGCGCUGCCCAAUUCUCGCAGGAUAAAGUUUGGUAUCGUGCUGUUGUCUUAGAACAAGUUCUCGAUGGCUAUAAGGUUCGUUAUGUAGACUUUGGAAACAGUGAAGUGGUGCAAGAAGGCAACGUAUGGCCUCUACCUCAAGAGUUUCAGAGAUUACCCCCACUUUCAUUGACUUGUUCACUAGCAGGUGUGAAGAAACCAAAGACACAGGGUUGGAGCCUGGAGGCUAUACAAGAAUUCAAGGCUUUGGUGGCUGAUAGAACAUUUUUGUGUAGGAUUGUUUACACGCAUGGAGUCACCAAUAUUGUUGAAUUACUUGAUCCAAACCGUGGUGGAGAGGAGUCAAUAGCCAACUCACUAAUAGGGGCAGGUCUUGCCGAUCCAUUCUUACCCAAAGAGGGUCAUAAACAACAAAUUAAUUCAAGAAGGGAGAUGCUAUCUAUAACGCCACAGCGUUUGAGAAAUGGAGAAAAUUCAGUGAACAAGGACCCUUCGAAUGUUGUCACAGAUCCAUUGAGCCAACUAUGGCCCAACAUUGAUGGGGGAGGUUCGUUGCCAAAAGAUCAAAUACUAGACAUGACUGAAAAGGAAAGAAUAGAAUCUGUUGUCUUUGAAUCAGCCAUCGAAGCAGUGACGUUGGCUCAAGAUUCUGAAUUUGAUAUUCUGGUAACUGAAGUGGUUUCUCCUGGGCUUAUUUUCUCUCAGCUAGGAACGGUAGGAUCUUUGCAGAUUGCUGUCAAGUUGACCGAGGAUAUGAAUUUGCAUUAUAACUCAGCGACCUACCCACCUUUUGUUCCACGCCAGAAUAGCCUGUGUGCGGCGCACUUUGCUGAAAGCGGGGACUGGUGUCGAGCAUUUAUCAAAGGAGUCUCUCCUGAUGGGUCUGUCUCUGUGCAAUAUGUAGAUUACGGAAACACUGAAAUACUUCCACCAAGUCGCCUACGGCCUCUAAUUCCUCAGUUUGAUUCCAGUGCCUUGUCAUUUUUAGCACUGAGAUGUUCGUUGGCAAAUAUUGCCUCUCUUGACAAAUCGGAAUGGUCUGAUGAAGCGGUGGCGUUCGUUAAAGCCCAUCUUCCGUUAUUCAGUAGACGGACAGUUCGCUUGGUUGGAAGACAGAAAGGAAUACUAUUUUUGGAGGUGAAAGUAGAAGAUGAAAGUGUAAGUUCAAUGCUGGUAAAUCGGGGGCUAGCAAGAGCAAUGGCGAAAGGCUACCAACAUCGGCAUCUGAAUGUGAAAGAGUCUACGCCAACAGCUAGACGAUUGGUGGCAGUUGACCGAAAUGUCCUUUCAAACGGCCGUUGUAAAGGGCACGCCUCAAGCGCACUGGAGUCCUUGGUAUUCUGCCCCGCAAUUCAGGCAGCUGUUUUACCACAAGACAAUUCAGUUUUUGAUGUUAUGAUCACGGAGGUAACAAAAUCAGGUGUUUUCUUCAUACAAGUAAUGGACUUUUAUACUGCCCUUAGCUUACAGAAGCUUUCAGAGAAGAUGAAUUCGUCUUAUCAUUCGUCACCGUCAAGUUCCUACAAACCUCAACCAAACCAUUUUUGUGCUGCUCAGUUUACCGAAACGGGUGACUGGUGCCGUGCAUUUAUCAAAGAAGUAACUUCUCAGAAUUUGGUGGAGGUACAUUACGUUGACUUUGGGAACACAGAGAAACUUCCGGUGUCAAGUAUCCAGCCUCUGAUGGAUAGCCUAACAACAUACCCUUUUUUCGCUCUACCAUGCUCAUUAGCAAAUUUGCCACGACCCGAAUCUCCUGGAGGAGAAGAUAAAACAAUGGAACUGAUCAAGGAAAAAGUUCCCCUUUUUCAACGUGUUAGUGCCAAAAUAAUGGCCAAACAUCGUGGUAUGCUACUUGUCGACUUAAUGGUUUCAAAGGAUCAGCCUCAGUUUCUUAGUCAACUACUGCUGAACGAAGGGCUCGCUCCAAAGUCAGUUGUAAAUGAAAGCCAACGCGAAGAUAAUCAAAUGGAAAUUGAGAUGAAACGUUCGCAAAUACAGAAUUCAUUGGAGAAUGCAUCAACUUCAAAACCUCACGGGAGCAUUGAGUCCCUCGUAUUUCAGCCAGCUAUCCAGUCAGUUGCAGGUUUCGAUUCCUUUCAUGCCAUGCUAACCGAAGUUGUGUCUCCUUCUUCACUUUUUAUUCAGAUUUUGAGCCACGAGAAAGUUGAAAGGAUGAAGCAUCUGUCAGCAAACCUGAAUGCUCACUAUAAUAAUACAAACUAUCCUCCUUUCAAGGCCCAGGCUAGCGUUCUGUGUGCUGGAUUUUUCUCCGAAAGUGGGGACUGGUGUCGAGCUUUCAUCAAAAGUGUGAAUGCGAAUGGCUCAAUUAACCUUCAUUAUUUGGAUUAUGGAAACAGUAAAGUCUGUUCGUCAUCCCAAAUAAGACCUUUAGAGAAAAAUUUUCAGAAGCUGCCACCUAUGGCGUUAAAGUGCUCAUUAUACGGAAUUGGUCCUGUGCAGUCGACUGGAUGGGCGGAAGAUACCUGUAAAGCGUUGCUUUCCCAAGUGCCCCUAUUCAGCCGCCUGGAAGUGAAAGUGAUAAAGAAAGAAAAUGAAUCGCUGUUUAUUGAUGCUAUAUCUCCACUUACCCCACAACAAGUAACAUUGAACCAGUUUCUUGUAAAUCACGGUAUGGCUCAGUGGCAAGAUUUCUCAAGUGCACCAAAAGAUGUUUAUACGUCUGAGGAAGAAGUAAAUACAAGGGAACACGCUUCGUGGACAGCGCAGUUUACCUUUGAAGCUCUUAGUGGUAACAGCAAUCGUUUUUAUGUGUCCAAAAUCCCUUUGGUGGAUAUUUCACAGAGCGACGCUAUCCAAGUUCUUAUAAGUGAGGUUCAACGACCAGACAAGAUUUUCUUUCAAGUCCUGAACGAAGAAAACGCUCACGGACUUGAUGCUCUUUCACGAAAAUUAAAUACCUAUUGUUGUGAGGUAGAGAAUAGUCCCUAUAAACCAGUUCUGGGGGAGCUUUGUUGCGCCCGUUUUAACCAAGACGGCGUUUGGUAUCGAGCCGCAGUUGAACAGGAACUGUCAGAAUCCAGGAUGUCAGUGUUAUUCGUGGAUUAUGGUAAUCAAGACUCAGUCACAGUUGAUUCGGUAAGACGAAUUACCGCUGAAUUUACACAACUUCCUUUGCAAGCCAGGCAGUGUUUUUUGACAGGCAUACUCCCCGUGUCGCAGUCAUGGUCGUCCGAUGCGGUUAACUUCUUAAGAGGGCGCAUAUUGGGUGAGACGUUUGUUGCUCAGAUUGAAAACGUUUCUGAAGAAAGCGUAGGCGUUCAUCUGUUUGAACAUCACCAAAGAAAUUUGCCUCCUCAUAUUUCCGUCAAUCAAGAUAUGGUCGAGCACGAUCUUGCUCGCAUUCAAGUGCAAUCCGUUUACUCGAAGGUAUAAACUCUGUUUUCAAACGAACACUUCGAUGUUGUAAUUACGGAGGUAACACAUCCAGGGGAAAUGUGGGGACAAGUCCUUCAUGCUGAGUCGCACAACAUGUUCCGUUUAUUUACGGAGCAAAAGAACCGAUACUGUGUAUCUGCGGCACCUUUCUUAACGUUUAUUCUCAUUCUCAGUGAGGAUUGUUCUGUACUGUUCUCGCAGGAUGAUACAUGGUACAGAGCAUGUGUGUUGGAAUGACUUGAAUCAAGAAAGAAAUUAGUUCAGUUUGUAGACUUUGGAAAUAGUUAAACGGUAUCACCUGACAAGAUGAGAUCUCUGAAGGACGACUUUGUUUACCUCCCUGCACAAUUGUUUGAGUUAAGCCUUACAAACGUUCGUCGUCUACAUCAGAUUUGGAGUCAAGAAGCACUGGAUUCGCUCAAAAGUACAGUAAACCGAAAGUUGAAGGUGACAAUUGUUCAUCGUUAGCCAGACCAGUUGAAUGUAUUACUUAAAGACUGGAAUGUUCCCGAUGGUCCGCUUCGUAUCAAAAAUUUACAUGUGCUUAUUAUAACAAAUUGCUAUCAUGCGCACUUUCCAUGGAAAAAUCGCUCUAUAUUAUACUCUUCUUGAGCAACAACUAAUUUCUCAUGCUGCCAAGGACUUAUUAUGUCAAUACCAAACCAAAAACGUUUGUAAUUUGAUAUUUUUGCUUUUUUGUAAUUUGUACCCGUGUUACAACUUUGCGCAUGUGGUACAACUUUGCACUCAUGUUACAUUAAAAGUGCAUUUUGUUUUCAGCCAAUCAGAAGCGCUCAACUUUAUCUUAUAUUGUUAGGUGAGUUAUCUUGCUCGUAAUUUAUCACUCGUACGAUUGAAACAAACAAAGAUAUACAUGGACAAAUUUCUUAAUUUUAAUUGCUUGAGAGAAAUGCAGGUUUCACUUACACAAACAGAUGGAAGAUAAUACAGUUUAUAAUGUACAUGAAAAAAUUGCGCACUUUUGAAUGGCUGAAAACGAGUGCAUUCUCAUGUAACACGAAUGCACGAAUCAAAGUAGCACGCUUUCAAAUUUUGUCUGGAGUUUCUGCGAUGUUUUUUCAUGUACAGUAUUAACAAGUAUUAACGUGAUUUCUCGUGCAAUUUGUUGUAAUAAGCAUAUGUAAAUUUUUCAAACACUACAAAUUGCUCUUGCCCUCGAGCUCGUGCAAUUUUUUUGUCUUUGAAAAAUUGACCCGUGCUUAUUUACUCCGAAUUUUGCUCGAAAUCAUGGUAUUACCGAUACUUAUUGAGUGCAAAAAGUUGACAAUUCGUUAAGCCGGAUUAAGAAUUCUUUGCGACUUAAAAACAGCAACAACAAAAAAACUUUAAGUUUGCUGCCAAUGACUAAUUAUGUCAACGACAAAUUUAUGUCACUGAAUUGCACUCGAAAUCAUGUUAUUAACUAUGCUAAUUUGGUGCAAAAAAGUAAACAAACUUUGAAGCUGGGUUAAGAAUUUUUUUGUGACUUAAAACAACAACAAAGAACUUUUAGAGGGUCGUCUUGAAUAAACUGUGUUGAUCUGACCAAGCGCACGGUGGCGUUUGUAAGGUUUGAAUGGAUUAUUCUGGCAAGUGAUUUGCGCGCUAUUCCUCUGCUUAAUUUUGAAAAGCGAGCUUAUCAUCAGCUAACUCGAUUUUUUCAAAUUACAAUCGAAAUUAUUGAUUUUUGAAAAAACUUAUUAUGUAUCUUGAGACAAGCUGUAUUGAAAGGGGGAUCUCAUUGGGUUAAUUGUCAGCUGUAAAACAGCAAAAACAUCGGCCAUUAGACAAAGAUAUUGACAGAUUUUAACCGUAAGUCGUGAAAAUUUCAACUUUAAAAAUUUUUAUUUUAAUCGCAACGGAAAGAAAUCGACGGUUGGCCAGAAAAUGGCCAAAAUUUUAAACAGCCAUAAAGAGCAUAUCUACGGGCGAGAAAGAAGGGGCAACACAGGGUAGAGGUUGGGCGAUGAAACAAGCGGUCUGCCGUUCGUGCAAUGUAUGACGCAGAGUAGUACUGGCUCGAGCGCUGUCCGCGCUUUUGGUGUGUUACGAAGUCGCCAAAAUUUCCAGUAAUGCGUCAUGAAUAAGCACGUUUUCGACAGGCUUGUCAGCUGCUCAAUGAGUUCAUGUGUGCAUUAAUAUUUAUCAAUAAUUUUUUAGCGAAAGUGACUAAAAUUUAACUUUAGUCUGAA